AUGGACAUGCUUGAGGAUGAACCUCGGACUGGAGCCUAUUUCAAUGCCAUUACGUGGAACCCUGAAAGCUUCAAAGAUAAAGUCGUGCUGGAUGUUGGUGCUGGGACUUGCAUCCUGUCUAUGUUCGCCGCGAAGGCAGGGGCCAAGGAGGUCUUCGCAGUCGAGGCCACUGACAUGGCAGUUCGCAGCCGAAAACUUGUCCAAGCUCAAGGCCUAAGCCACAUAAUCAAGGUGCUGCAGGGAACAGUGGAAACAGUAACCUUGCCUUCGAUGGUUGAUGUCAUCAUCAGUGAAUGGAUGGGCUACUUCCUUUUGCGCGAAAGCAUGCUCGACAGUGUGUUGAUUGCUCGGGACCGCUUCCUGAAACCAGGAGGUGCUUUGUUCCCUUCGCACGCCACGCUGUUUUUGGCGCCGGUCGGGUCUGCAAAAGCAUGCCGGGAGAAGCAGCAGACCUUUGAUGGGGAAAGACAGCAUUUCGACAAUUUCAACUGCACAAUGAUGCAGUACUAUGGGACCGACUUCUCAUGCAUGCAAGAGGAGUUCCUUGAGGAACAGAGGAAGUAUUAUUUGCAAACAGGGAUGUUUGUCAAUCUAGCGCCAAAGCAAUUGGCUGGCAGUGGCAGCCCUGUGCUUGAGAUCGACCUCUCAACGAUCACCUUGCAGGAUUUGAAGGCCUUUGAGUCUUAG